AUGAGUGUCGAUGUACAGUGCCACGGUAAUACGCUUAACGGCUUCUACACCCUAGAGAAAAGGUUUGAAACCCUCUCACCGCGACGUGCGAGAAUCCUGGAGUUGCUAAAACCCGACGAUCCGGGCCGGGAUGAGCUGGAAUCGAUUGUGCGACCGGCGCCGAGGAGAGGUCUCGUCAAACCAUAUGACGAGGACACUUGGAGAUUCCUCCAAAAGACUGUGACAGCACAUAACGUAGACAGAGAGAGCCCACCUCCGCGAAACCAAGAACUAGAUACGAAAGGAGAACGGUCUCUUGCCGAUGAGCUGAGGGAAGCUGAGGAAGACGAAAGAAGCGGAAGUCAUAUACGUCGAGAGUUGUUAAGAGAAUUUCGAAUGCGAGGUGGAGGCAUCCGAGAGGCCUUGGAGCGAGAGCGUCUUGGGAAGCUAGCUCUAGCUGUGGAAGACGACGAAGAAGAUUACGAGGACGAAAACGGACUAACAGCGGCCGCGAGGCGCUUGGACGCGUUGCUGGCUGAGUCCAGGAAUCUUCACGAGGAACUCGCGGAGAUUCAGGAAGACAUGCAGGCUGAAUCGGCGCGUGCAUGUCGGUGCGCGGCAGCAGCCCGGGACCUCACUGCACAGUCACAGGCUCUAAGAUAUCUGGAUGACGUGGUGGCGUUGCUGAGUGGAAACGUCGCUGCUGCUUGGCGCGUCCGAUCCUGGCCCUUUGCUCUGGGCUGCCGUCAGCCUGACCGAAACUACAUCAUUUGA